ACAGAUGAUAUUGAUUGCGACUUCAUUUCCACCGCAUAACUUCCACGUGGACUCGACACUAUAUUUUCCUAUUUGUCAGUACAGUAUAUAUAGCUGCCCCGCAACCAUUGUAUGAACAGGUCAUCACGUGAUAUAUUCAUUUGUAUGAGCAGUGGGUUUCUUUGGCGAAGUACGUUACAUAUGUGUACUGCGUAUAUGCGGGCCACACAUAAAUGGAAAAUGACGCAAAUGAGACGUCCGUUUCACUCACCAUGCGCAAUCUAUUUUAUUCUCUCAUUUUUGAUCCACGAUCUCUCGUUUCACGUAUCUUCGAAUGACGUGGCUGACGCUAAAGUACAAUAUAUAAAGAAGGUUGUAUGCGAUAUCUUCUAUACAUCGAAAAGUGGCGGAGCACUAGAAUAUAUAAUUUACAAACUUGAUUAUUUAAUCUAGGCUUUUUUUACUAAUACGUAUUUAAUUACAAAUAUUAAUUUUACUUGCACAUAUGCAGUUACAUAAUAUUUAAUAACGGAAAUCAUAGGCGAAAUUGUUCGAAAAUGGGUCUUCUUAUGUCUAAACUUAUAAAAGUAUUUGAAUCUUUUCAAGACAAUCCAGCAAGAAUUUUGAUGCUUGGAAUUGAUGGAGCAGGUAAAACGACAACUCUAUACAAACUGAAACUGAACGAAGUUGUGACGACGAUUCCAACAAUUGGUUUCAACGUAGAAACAGUUAGUCCAUGCAAAGGUCUCACAUUUACUGUUUGGGAUGUGGGUGGUCAAACGAAAAUUCGUCCUUUGUGGAGGCAUUAUUAUCAGAAUAGCGAUGGUCUCAUAUACGUCAUCGAUUCCAACGACGCGGAAAGAUUUGGUGAAUCUCGAGAAGAACUUGGAGCAAUCUUGGAAUCGGAAGAAAUGAAAGGAGUUCCUGUACUUGUGUUAGCAAAUAAGCAGGAUCUUCCUCAUGCUGAACCGCUUGAUAAAAUGGUCGAAUCCCUUGGACUGCGAAAUUUGAAACAGGAAUGGCAUAUUCAAGCCUGCUGUGCAGUCACUGGAGACGGCAUUAUCGAGGGGAUGCACAAAUUCACCGAAUUAGUCAAAAGAUUCAAAAGAAGUCGUCAACAUUGGUAAUGUGUAUCAGAGCUAACGUGUAUUUUCAGCUUAUGGCAUUAAGAUCAUCUGGACCAAUAUCGCAAAAUAUGCAGCUCUACAUAAAACUUGGUAUUACUCUAAUAUCUAAAGUUUAGUGUUCAGUUUUUCAGCUUCCUACCAAUAUUCCUACUGCUAAUAAAGCGUGUUAUAAUCAAAACCUUGUGUCUUAAUUGCCUCAUAUAUUUUCUAUCAUUUUAUACUUUGUUAAACUAAAAUUUAUCUAGAUUGAUAUUUCAUUUAUUUUCUCUACCGGACUGAUUCAAAGUUAUCUAACUGUUUAAGUGCAUAAUGUAUAAAAGUUUUUUUUAAAGACUGUACAUUUUUAUAGGAUUUUAUAUCACAUUUAUUAUCUUAUAUUUGAGUUUUUUAAAAAUUUAUAUGUUGUAAUAUAAAUAUUUUAUAGUUAUUUUAUUUUAUCUUCAACUAUACAGUUAACCACGAAUUUUUAUAGCCAACAGAAUAUAAAGUGACUAAAUUGUAAAGCAACCAAAUGAAGUCACGUUUUAACAUUUCUAAUUAAUUGUUGCGUUUUAUCGAGUCCUUAUAAUAAACUGUUGAUUUUCUAUACAAAUUUCAUAUCGCCGAUUUCAAGCAGGACUGAACCAAAUGAGCCAUCUUCGUCCAUACCCACAAUGUCAAGAUAUAAUCCAAGACAACACUUCUUCAAAUGUAAAAGAUUCUUAUUAGUGCAAUUUAAAAGUUUAGACAAUUCCAUAAGAGUAUUGAUAAACGCAUAUCUAAUUUUAUCCUCAUAAACAGAAAUAAACAGAGAGCAACAAAGAGACGUCUUAUUGUCAAGUUACCACAACGCGCUUGAUAUACUGUUACUGCAUUUUAAUACUGAGCACGACUAUUCGUACAUUGUAUUGUUUAAUUGGCACA